CUGAGUUAAAAUGAAUACUUUAAGCAUUUUGCUCAAACUUGGUUUGCUCGUUCUGAGUCAUAACAAAAUUGCAUUGGCAGUUGUAGGAUCUAACAAAUAUCAGAGAUAUGUUGAAAAUGGGAAAUUGCCAUUUUCUUUUGCUAUGUUGUUAGAUAAAAGCUUGUCAGAGUGUGCAGCGGAUUGCAGCCAGAAGACGGGGAAAUGUAUGGCCGUAAACUACAAUCCUGUAAUUGAGCAAUGUGAACUGAUUGAGCAUCAUCAAUCAGUUGUCGGCGACCUCGUGACAGUUCAUGAUGGCUGGAAUGUAUAUUACAUUGACAAUCCAGCAUUGUCGCCAUGUGUUCCCAGUUUCACUUACGUGACAUACGUAGCCAGCGAAUCAAAAAAUGUUAUUACAUCUCCCAAUUACCCAAGUAACUACAACACCGGUGAUGAUAUCUACUGGCUAAUCAUAAAGCCAUCUAAGACUUCAAGACUUGUAGUGAAUGUUCAUGACAUGGUACUGGAGGAUCAGGGUCAUUGUUACGACAGCCUCUCGUUUUAUAAUGGCACAUGCACAAGUGACGUGCUCAUCACGAAAAUGUGUGGAACAGGAAUUCCGAGUUUCGAAGACGUUAUCAGUCUCUAUGUACUGGUGCAUUUUUAUUCAGACUGUUGUACCACUGAUACAGGAUUUUCGUUGGAGUAUUUCAUUGCUUAAUUUCAAAGAAAAGGCUAAGCAGAGUAUUUAACAUUGGAAAACAAACAUUCACACGGGACCACUAAGAACUUUUGAGUAAAUACCAUGUAGAGAGAAUAAGACAAAAAUAAUUUAAAGCCUCAAUGACUUCAAUUAAUUCUAUCGUUAUUUAUUACCUCCGUUUAUGGCUAUAACAAUUCAUGUGCAAUAUUAAAAGUAGUGCUUUUCUAACCAUGAAAUUAUGCGGAACAUCCCUUUUAAUAUCUGUUUAAUCUACUUUUAAGAUAAACAUUUAAAGCACUGUGGACUUAUCUGAAAGGUAAAAUACAAUUUUCGUGGUAUAGGAAUUGAAUAAUAAAACAUGGAAAAGAUAACUAGGUGACCGGAUAGCUCAGUCGGUAGAGCAUCGGACCGGUAUUCCGAGGCCUUGGGUUCGAGUCCCGGUCUGGAUGCACAUUUACCUAUUUUGUUUUAUGUUGCUAUAGCUUAUGACUGCCUUUCUUUGCUUACAGGACACCCUGCAUUCCUACAAUAAUGGAAUUGCUUAUAUAAAGAGUAAAAAGAACACAACCUUUAUCUUAUUUUGUGACAACCUCAGAUUUAUUUGCUAGUGAAAUAU